CAAUAGACCUCGACCCCUUUCCUCUGUCCCUCCUAGCUCUCGCGACACAACUCAGGUCUUCUACUCUGGCGAUCGCAUCGUCCAUGGCGUCUUCAAGCCAUUCGAUGGCGGAGCGAGAAGGAGGAGGAGGAGAGGAAGAAGAAGAGGAGGACGAAACCCUAGAGGAGCUCGAGGGCUUCGAUGAUUUCACACUUGCAUCAUCAUGGGAAAGAUUCAUAUCAGAAAUAGAGGCUGUUUGUCGACUCUGGCUGGUUGAUGGUCCAAAGAAUUUGAUGGAAAAGAGUGCAGAAUCCGUGGGCUCUCGAAAAAAUUUAUAUAAGGUCAAAUGUGAAUUGAAGUAUGGGUUAAAAUUAUAUUGCAUGGAAUAUUACUUUGAGACAUCAAGGAAUGGCAAAGCUGCACAUUGGGAUGAUGAUUUGCACGAUUUACAGCUAUCCUUUGGAGUAGCUGAGUUUCUGGUCAUUGCACCUCUAAGUGCUAGUGGUGUGGUCCUUGAUGCACCUGAAUCAAGUAAGCUUUUAAGUGCUGUUGCAAUCGCUUUAUCAAAUUGUGGCAGUAAUUGGCCGGCAUUUGUUCCAGUGCAUGAUCCUUCUCGAAAAGCAUACAUUGGAAUCCAAAAUAUGGGCACAAUUUUUACAAGAAGGUUUGAUGGUGACCGUAUUGGUAGCCAGGUUCCUAUACGGCUCAUGCAUCUGGAGGGGCUAUAUGAGUUGUUUGUCUCAAAAUUUGCUUUAUCCUCAGUAGAUUUCUCCACAAGCUGUUUUAAAGUGCGCUUCACAAUGAAGCUGACAUAUAGAACACCUCCAUAUGAUGAUGAUGAGAUAGAGAGUGUAGAACGUGAAGCUAAAGAACCAGGAAGAGAUCCUGAUGGUUUGAAUCUUAUCAAAACACAAUGGGAUGAUGAUUGCCCUUGGACAGAGUGGUAUUCCGCUGAGGAUCCUGUUAGAGGUUUUGAGUUGAUUGCCGUGUGGUUAAGUAGGACAUUUGAAGGUUCUCUUGAGAUGGCAGAACUAGAAAAUGCCUCAUCUUUUGAUGCUGAAAAGUGGCUUAUCUAUCCUAUCGUAUCUCCAAAUAUGCUUGAUGACUCUGUAGGAAAAUUUGUUGGAUUUGCUUCCCAACUACGCCUUUUAGUAGGUGCAUUGGAUAUGUCAUUUGAAGCUCAAUUUUUGGAAGAUUUUUUGUCAGCCGAAAAUCCAGGUUCUGAUAUUUCAAAGUCUUCAACUGCCAUUCCUCCUCCAACAGUUCUUGAUCGUGUUCUUAAAGAACUUUUCCAUGAUGGAAUUCAAGGUUCAGACUGUGUAGAACUUGAAAACAAAUAUUCUCGUGCUAUCAAAGGUGCACCUUUGGAUUCUCUAUUUGCCCAAUUUUGUUUGCAUUCGCUCUGGUUUGGAAGCUGCAAUAUACGCGCAAUAGCAUUCCUCUGGAUUGAAUUUGUCCGGGAAGUUCGGUGGUGCUGGGAGGAGUCACAGCCCUUACCACGAAUGUCAAUCAAUCCCAACAUUGACCUUUCUACCUGUCUAAUACAUCAAAAGUUGCAAAUGCUUGCUAUAUGCAUUAGGAAGAAGAACUUGUUCAAUCAUCCAAAUUGUACUGAAAAUAAAGACCACAAUUCUAGUGAUAGUAAGGUGGACUUCCAAGUUGAUCUGCAUAAGGAGCCUAUGGAUGAUAAAAGCGACAGUUAUUACAGUUCUUUGAGAUCGGACUGGCAACAUGAUCCAAAAGGACCAAAACAAACCAGAAUAAGCUUGAGUAAGGAUCCUAACGAUGUGAUACCAUCUACGAAUCUGCAACCAGUAGAUCAAGUAAGGAAGGGAUCAGCUGGUGUUGUGGGGUCCAUGAUGCUCUUGAAUUCAUUUCAAGAAAUGCAUUCUCCAUACACACAGGAUGCACCCAUUAUGACAGAAGAUAUGCAUGAAGAAAGGCUGCGUGCUGUUGAAGCUUUUGGUGAUGCAUUUAGCUUCUCUGGUCAAUUGGAGAGAGAUGUAUUAUCUUCUGACAUGUCUGCAUUCAAAGCUGCAAAUCCGGGUGCAAUAUUUGAAGAUUUUAUUCGGUGGCAUUCGCCUGGUGACUGGGAGGAUGAUGAAAUGGAAGACAAAUCCAGAGAUGACAUGAGUUGGCGGCCUCAUGGAAAACUUUCACAGCGUAUGUCUGAACAUGGGAAUUCAUGGCGGCAGAUAUGGAAUGAUUCUCCAGCUUUGCCUAUCUCUGAACAGAAGCCUCUUCUUGACCCAAUUAGAGAAGGGGAAAAGGUACUCCAUUAUCUCGAAACUGUGAGACCACAUCAGUUGCUUGAGCAAAUGGUGUGCACUGCCUUUAGAGCAUCAGCUGACACCCUGAACCAGACUGCAUAUGGUGAUUAUAAACACAUGAAAACAAAACUUAGUCAGCUUUAUCUUACGCUUGCAUCUUCGUUAAAGCCUUUACAAGCAAAGCAUUGGCCUAACAAAGCUGAGUUGAUUGGAGACCUAAAGCAGCUUUGUCUUGUUUUUGAGCACAUUGAGAAGUUAGUGAUUCUUGCUGCUUCAAUCCAUCGCAAGUUAUUGAAAGCCCCUCGUCUUUCUGAAGCAAUUUUCAGUGACUAUUUCAAUUUUUAUCUUCCCAAAAUGGGAACCAGUUUGACAAGCAUGUGCUAUGACGAGGACUUUGACACCAAGCAACAAGUAAUGGUGCGUGAAAGGGAUGCUGUGGCAAGUCUAUUUCCACCACCCACUGCCAACCAGUCUUGGAGGAAAGUUCUGAGCAUGGGCAACCUUCUAAAUGGCCAUGAACCGAUCCUAAGGGAGAUCAUAUUCUCAGUCUAUGAUAGAGUAAGCAGUGGUCAUUAUGGAAGCAACAUUCCCAUGGCCACCACUGAAGAAAUUGAGACACAUCGAAUGUAUAUAUGUGGAACGUCAAAUGAUCUUCGAGCUGCCCUAUCUGUGACAUCUUGGGAUUGAAUAUUCGCCUUUGGAGCAAAGUCUGCUUUUAUUUCGGUUAAGCUGAUGGAUUCUCUUGUUUUAGCUGUUUAGAGGGAUUUAGCAGUGGCUUGCUUCACCCAAGAAGCCAAGUUGGCAGACCUUGCAUAUGGGACAAGCUAGCUAGGUGCCUUAUCAUGAUCAGAUAGUGUCAGCAAUACUAAUUCUUUUCAAUUGAGGAUUUUUCGGAAGGUCCUUCAGUCAUCAUUUCACAGUACAAGUAAAGCAUUCCGGAAUCUUGAUAGUGCACAACCAGGCUAAAGCUUUAAAAGAAGAUGCACAUGUCCUGAUCAUUGUACCACCACUGAAAUUGGAGAAUAUGAUUGAGAACAUUUAAACAGCUGGAGAGCCGACUUAUCCAUGGUCAAGCCAAGGCAUUACUUCUUGUCAGCAGCACAAUGGUAAUUCCAAUUAGUUAUUGACAUCCUGUUAUCCAAGAGUUUCAUUCCCCAUCCAUUCUCAUUGUCCGCUAGGAACCUAGAUGCCUCCAUCAUUGGAGGGUCUAUCUUCAUCAGUUGACAGUUGCAGCACUUUUGGACAAACUGUGAUGUCAGGAGAUAUGGUUUGGCCAGAAGCGGAUAGAUCUUAUAUGUCGUUUUGUAGAUUAAAAUAAUACAGUGGCUGGCUGGUGUAUGGAAGUUGUGAAUGCGUAUUUUUUUUAUUUAUUUUGCACAAAGUUGAACAGGACUGUUAACUUAAUGUUGCUUCUGCUGAUCUAGAUGAAGCUAUCACAUAAGAACUUCUACCUCGUCCAACAGAAGUGCACUUUGUAGUCUUUUAAGUCU